GUCAAACUUGUCAGUGCAGUGCUGUUUAUCAAAUUAGCAAUCGACUGAGUUGCUAGAAGAUUUUUCUGGAAAAUAAACUUCUGGCUGAGGAUAUUUUGCAUUUAUUGUGUGAUUAAAGGAUCAUCUAGGUUUUUCUUAUAUUCAAAAUUAAAACACAAUCAUGGCUCACUAUAAGGGAGCAGCAUCUGAGGCUGGCAGAGCUAUGCAUCUCAUGAAGAAACGAGAGAAAGCUCAACAAGAAAUAGAACUGCGUAAGAAGAAGAUUGAAGAAGAUUUAAAGAUGGUCAACAUUGAGAAUAAGUUUGCUACACACUACGAUGCUGUGGAACAACAACUGAAGAGUUCCACGAUUGGACUUGUUACACUUGAUGAGAUGAAAGCAAAACAAGAACAUAUAGUUAGGGAACGAGAGAAGAAAUUAGCACAGAAAAAAGCAGAGAAGGAAAAAGAGAGGCAGAAGGAGAUUGAAGCUAAACAGGCACAGAAAAAUAAACAAAAGCGACAGAUUCAAGCAUUAUCAUUUGACUUGAAUGAAGAAGAAGAAGAAGAAGAAGAGGUAGAACCUGAUGCUGCUGAAGAAUCAUCUGCUGAUGAGAAGCCACCAGUUGAGGACAAAACUUGGAGGGACAAGGAAGAACCGGUAUACAAAAAAAUUAAAAAGAAUCCAGAUGUGGAUACAUCAUUCCUACCAGACAGAGAAAGGGAGGAAGCAGAUCUAAAGCUGCGAGAAGAACUCCGUUUAGAGUGGGUGAUGACACAAGCCAGCCUCAAAGAUGAGCCCAUCACAGUCACAUUCAGUUACUGGGAUGGGUCAGGUCACAGAAGAAAUGUUACCUUGAAAAAAGGUAAUUCCAUUUACCAAUUCCUUCAAAGAUGCCUUGAUACACUGCGGCCUGAAUUCAGUGAACUCAAAACUGUAUCAGCUGACCAGCUAAUGUAUGUCAAAGAAGAUCUCAUUUUACCCCACCACUACACAUUCUACGAUUUUAUAGUUACUAAGGCCAGAGGAAAAAGUGGUCCUCUUUUCCAGUUUGAUGCUUCUGAUGAUGUCAGACUUGUAAACGAUGCCACACAAGAAAAACAGGAUUCCCAUGCUGGCAAAGUAUUGUUGAGAUCCUGGUAUGAAAGAAACAAGCACAUCUUCCCUGCUUCAAGAUGGGAGCCCUAUGAUCCGACAAAAACGUAUUCCAAAUACACAAUCAAGGGAAAAUGAAGCACCUGCCAUAACUAAUAAUAAGUUACCCCAAAGCAAUUUGUUGGACGAUAAAAUGCAAUAAUACCAACGAAUGUUAUGAUUAAAUUAUGUGUAUUUGUAGUUAUAUAUUGUUUUAUUUUUUUCUAUAAAAGGAAACAAUACUAUUUCGAAUUCUACUCAAUAUCUUCCAAUUCUUUGUUGAGAGAUAUUACUUCAGAAGCUGCUUAACUAUUACCACAACAAAAUAUAUAUUGUAUUCUUUAUAUAUUAAUUAUAUACAUAACCUAUGGUUGUUUAACUUAAAAUAGAUAUAAUAUUUUGUAUCCUGGUAAAUAUGAUAAAUGCUUGAAUAUAAUGAUAAAGGAAGAACAUUAUAGUAACAUUAUAUUUCAAAAUAAAUUAAAUUUUUCAACAACAGCUACUGUUGACUAUGCAUACAAUGGAUAAUUGACUAUUUUUUCAAUAUGCUGCCAUCUUUGGCUUUCCAAUUUUUCUAGGAACUGUUUCUUUGUAUCGCUGAUGUUUUCUGGCUCUUUAGGUGGUGGAGCAUAUCUUUGGAAGUGUAUAAUGGCAGCUAAAAGAUUCCAAAUACUGAACUCUGGCCAUAAAACUUCCGUAAAGUAUAACACAGUAUCAGAAACCUGUAACAAAAUAAAACUUUAAUUGAUUUCACACAAACAGUUGUUGGGCUAAUGAACCAAUGUUGCAGAUUAUUUAAAUAUUUUGUCAUGCAGAUAUCAAACCAAUACGGUUAUUUAUCGUUCCCACCUGCCAUAACAUGAAGUCAGACAGUCUCACUUCGCCUGAUGUCCUAACAAGAAGCUCAGCUUCCCUUAGCUCUAGGGUUCUUGAUACAAGUUCAUCAUCAAUGUCUUGUGGUGACAAAUCAUUGUUCUUCACUCCAUCUACAAUGUGCGAGGCGGCUCUGCUGAUUUCGUCCCUUC